AUGGCUUGCAUUAACUUCCAAAGGUUGGUCGCAGAAAUCAAGAAGAUCACCAACGGAAACUUUGGCAAAAUGAUGGAUGCGAGCACUUAUGGUUACGAAGUCAUGGUGAAAGCUCUCGAAACCGUUUCCGAUGCGAAAGAGAAAUACCUUACGUCGGUUGACUCUUGUAUCGCUAGAUCCCCAUUCUCAACACCAUCUUCUAUCAACGAGUACAGAGCAAAUCUUGGCCAUCUCUGCCGCCCCAACGAGCGGGAUGGAGCACAGAUUACAUCCAAUAUCGCCAACUGGAUUCCGUUUCUUGAGAAGCAUAAUGCCGCUGGGACUCUGAAGCCACUCAAGCAUCAUGUUGUUGACGGGGUCGGAUGGGAGAAGGUCAUUCAGGGCAUAGAAGAUAUGGAAGGUGGAAAAGUUGGGAAGAAAAUUGUUGUGAGAACUCAGGAAGAAUGA